AAAGGUAGUUUCCGGGGUUUGUGCCUGAUCUGACGGAUAGCAAGUAGAUACUCACCAUUCUCGAUUAAUUUAUCUGAUUUAGUGAGUUGCUUUAGUCUGUCUUAAGUGAAUUAUAAGAGAGUUUAAGUAGUGAAGCAGUGGAGAUUGUUUCAGAAUCCAAUGCGUUCUUGGAAUUCAUUAUCAAUGCCUUAAAGUGAUUUGCUUAUCUGUGUUGGCUUCCUAUAAAGGGCCCUUACAAAUGAGUGCUUAUCCAAAGAGUCUUCUAUCGAUUGUAGCGUCUGUGGGAGCAGUAGCCGUGUUUUUAGUUCUAGCUUCCUUGUUUAUGGUCUCACAACCACCUGGGCCUACAUUUGGUCGGUUUUUCUAUGGGAUCAAUCAUUCAGAGAAUUUUGAUAGCAUGUCUUUGGUAAAUGGAAUUCGUGUCAACCCUCCCUCUGAUCUAAAUAUCACGAAAGAUAUGGCGAAGUCAAAUUUAAGUCCCGGGAAAGGAGAUGAAAGUUUAGGUUCUUCUGAUCCUGAUGUUAAAACAUUUGCAGAUCCAACAUUGCAGACCCAACAUCCUGUGUCUGAAAAUACAUAUAAAAAAUCAAUGUCAGGGCAAAAUGUAAACUUAAGCUUAGCCUCAUUUCAUAAUACAAAUGUAUCCAAUCCCGAGGAUGUGGUUGAUCAACCAAGAGAAAAGUUUGGGGCAUCAAUUGAGGGCAAAGUUGAUGGUGUUUCUUUGUCAGCCAAUAAAACUGUGAAAGUUCCACAAUUGAGCAAGGAGGUGUCAUCUUCUGUAUCUCUAGUACAGGAUAUAAGCAAAACCCAUUCCAGUCACUCAGAUUGUGAUCUCUACCAUGGGCAAUGGAUAUAUGACCCAACUGGUCCUUUAUACUCCAACUCAUGUCCUGUCCUGACGCAGAUGCAAAAUUGCCAGGGAAAUGGUAGGCCAGACAAGGAAUAUGAAAAUUGGCGAUGGAAACCAGAACAAUGUGACCUCCCUAGAUUUGAUCCGGAAAAAUUCUUAGAGUUGAUGCGUGGGAAGACAUUGGCUUUCAUUGGAGAUUCAGUUGCUCGGAACCAAAUGGAGUCAUUGUUGUGCAUCCUUUGGCAGGUUGAAGUUCCUAAAAAUCGUGGAAACAGGAGAAUGCACCGCUAUUACUUCAGGUCAACUUCGACGAUGAUUGUCCGGAUAUGGUCCUCAUGGCUUGUCCACAAAACAUCCGAGCCCUUUGAUUUUGCCCCUGCCGGCUUGGACAAGGUUUUCCUGGAUGCUCCCGACGAGGCAUUUAUGGAGUUUGUUCCGCAGUUUGAUGUAAUUGUCCUUUCGUCUGGCCACUGGUUUGCCAAAAAAUCAGCUUAUAUUUUAGACAAUAAAAUACUGGGGGGCCAGUUAUGGUGGCCUGACAAGUCCCGGCCAAAAAAAAUCAACAAUGUUAAAGCUUUUGGAAUAUCUGUAGAAACAAUUCUCACUUCCCUCGGCACCCAUCCAAAUUACACUGGCCUGGCCAUAGUCAGGUCUUUCUCACCUGAUCAUUACGUUGGUGGAGCUUGGGAUACUGGAGGUUCAUGCACCGGAAAGGUCAAACCUUCUACUGAACUAGUAGAAAAUGGCUUCACCAACAUCAUGCAUAAGAAGCAAGUUGACGGAUUUAACCUUGCUAUGAAGAAAAAGACGAACAAAUCAAAAAUGAGAUUGAUGGAUAUCACGGAAGCCUUUAGCUAUCGACACGAUGGACAUCCAGGACCAUACCGAAGUCCUGAACCCCCUGAAAAAACUAAACCAGGUAAGAAGUCUCGGCCACAAGAUUGCCUACACUGGUGCAUGCCUGGACCAGUUGACACAUGGAACGAGCUGAUGCUGGAAGUUAUUAUCAGAGAAUAUGAAGGUACUGCAGGCCUUUCAUGAAAUAUUUACGGUAAAACAUUAUACCAUACACUUGA